UCAACUGCAUUGCCAGAAGUUUCGAAUGAUCUUGUGCUUCAAGAAGAUUUGACAGAAGAGAAUUCCGAUGUUUGGGACGAUAGCGCCUUAAUAACUGCCUGGGAUCAUGCUGUUAAGGAAUACCAAUCUUUUCAUAGCAUUAAAACAGAAAAAACUACCAAUAAAACUGAUAACAUUAAAAAUAAAGGAGCUUUAUCAAAGAAAACUCAAUCAACAAGUGACAGUGAGUCAGGAGAAGCUUCAACGCCGAUUUCCGCUAUUUACAAUACUUCAUCCAAACAAGACAGCAAUGAAAUUAAACGUUCCCAAAGUGUGAAUCGAGGUG